CACAUUCACGAGUAUUGCACCUCAACGUUUUGCCCGGCAUGUGGGAGCAGGAUGGAAAAAUUCCGCAAAAUUGAUAAUCCUCCUCUGAAGAAUCCCAAGCACAAGGACCAUAUCGCAAUGGCAGCAGCAGCAUCUGAUUCUAUCACAGCUUCAACCACUUCAGCUGCUGUAUCUGUCGCAGCAGUAACCACUGCCGUUUUUGUUGCAACUAAAACUGCCGCCAACGCCGCAUCUAUUACAGAAAGUGUACAGCAGAGUCGCAACCAAUGA